CGCUGACAAGUGCCAGAGGAACAGCAAAGAUUGACUGAAACUGAAACCGUCACUGAAGUACUAAAGUCCAGCUUGCCAGCAGAUUGAUAACAGAAAGUUUGUGAUUGAUGACAACUAGGCAAAAGUACAUGUCAUCAAAGAAAACUUGUUGACUGAUCAGUCUUCACAUUUAGCUUGUGCAAUGGGUAAAAAGAGUGGUGAUGUCAGUGAUAAAAGGGAAAUUCCUCAAUCCCUCCAGGCUUUGUUGCAAGUAGAUGUGUUAGUUACUGACAAAAUAUGUAACAUAUUUGAGAAGGUUGUCGGUCGAAAGUGGCAUACCUACUACAAAGGUUUAGAGAUAUCUUGUCAUGGAAUCCCAUGGUUAGCUGGCUGGCUAGCAUUCAUCUGGCUGUGGAACAGUCCAUCCCUGUACCAAAUGCAAGUUAAUUUUUACUUAGGACUUCUUGUUGAUAUUGUGAUAGUAGCACUCUUGAAAGCAAUAACAAGACGAAGGAGACCUCGAGCCAAUCAGAAUGAUAUGUUUGCAACUAUCAGUGUCGACAAAUUCUCUUUCCCGUCAGGACAUGCUACCAGAGCAUGCUACAUUGCCCACUUUUUUGCCCGUGUUUAUGGAGUAUCAGAUUUACUGGCACUUCCUCUAAUUUUAUGGGCGGCAGCUGUGUCAUUGUCAAGAUUGCUGCUACGAAGGCAUCAUGUCUUAGAUGUUACUGCAGGUAUUGCAGUUGGAAUUCUAGAGAGUUUAUUUAUUAGCUACAUUUGGUUUAAUCAAGAGCACUGUGUGUGGAUUCUUUCACUGAUAACUGAUGAAAAAUUAGAUGGAGGAGAUUACCAUGUGUGAUAACUGAUGACUAAAGUAUUUGUGGCUGUCUUGUGAUAAAACACAAACAAACGUGUUGUACUGACUUGAAGUUUACCUAAUGUCUAUGCCACUGAAGAUUUUAUAUGCUUGAUUCUAACAAAGCAAAGCUGUGUUAAUUUUGUUUCGCUAAUGUUUGAGAUUAACUAAGAAUAUUUAUAUUAUGAUCAGUCAAUAUGAACUUUUAUGCCUUGUCCUAAAGCUUUAAACCUUUGUUUAAUUUACUUCCUUAACUUCCCUGCUCUCCUAGUCAAAACUUCUAUAUAUUUAUCUUCAGCCGUUUUCCGUGGAGAGGGACUUUGGAAGUCCAAGAAUUAACAUUUACAAGCAUUUUGAUCGGUGUAUUACAUAUAUUUACUUUUGUUAAAGAUAGAUACCUUUUCAAUCAUUUAACUCAAGGAUAAUAUAAAAUGGAGUGACUUGAACUCAGGUACAGCUUUUCAUCUUCAUCAAGUAUACAUUUUUAAUUAUUUUAUAAAAUUAUUUUUGCUGCUUUAGAGAGUAAUACAAACUAGAAAAUAAUGAUUCUCAUGCAGUGUUAUUGCUCAUUUAAAUUCAAAAAUUAAUGGGCACUCAGUAUAAUUUUUUAAAAAUCUGUGUUGGUACAGUAUUAAUUAAUCAAAUGUAAUUGUGACGAAUCAAGUCCUAAACUGUCUUGCUAGAUGAAAUAUUUCUUAAUUACCUAAUAUUGCUGGAAAGGCAAGUUUAUAUGCCUCUCCAACAACAAUAGCUGUUCACUUUCUGUAAGGACUGAGAUUUUGAAACAUUGUUUUCUUGAUCCGGACACUGCAACAGGACAGGAAAACAAAAUAUUUUUGAAUGAAUAAACUGUUUUUCCUGCUUUAUAAAGCAAA